AUGGGUUCAAGUUAUAUGAGAAUGGUUUCUUCACUUGUAUUAUUGGGUUUGGUAUUGAUUCAACAACCAUUAUUGUUUGCAAAGGGAGAUCCAGUUCCACUACCACUCCAAAAGUGGCAUGUUCAUGUGGUUAAUGGGCUAAAGAAUGCCACUUUGUUUGUGCAUUGUAAGUCUAAAGAUGAUGAUUUGGGACCCCAACACCUAGUUAGCAAUGGAGCUGAAUUCCAAUGGAGUUUUAAGAUCAACAUUUGGAGAACCACUUUGUAUUGGUGCUCACUACACAAGCCAAAUGCUGAUGUUUCAUUUGAUGCAUUUUGGGUUGAGAGGAGACAUAUUUGGCUCCAUUAUAGGUGCAUGAAUCAAAAUUGCUUCUGGAUGGCUAAAGAUGAUGGAAUUUACUUGAGAAAUAAUCCUGAUGCUGUUGAUGAAUUUGUUCAUAAAUGGGAUGAAGCUAGACAAGUUUGA